UUUUGUUGAUGGCAGUUGUUUUUGCGAUGCUGUUCAGAAAGAUGUCAAGUCCCAGUACACUAAUAACUAGGAGCCAUGUCAUAAAGUACUUCUCUACGUCUUCUAGAAAGAAAUGUGACGCAACCCGUAUGACCGUAUCAAAUUUUGAUACGACACAAUUAAAGGAAGCACAAGUAAAGAACUCAGAAGAUAAGAAAUCUCUGAACAACCUUUAUGACUGCAUCUCUACAACAGUUUUAAUCUGGAUCUUAGUGAGCAUCAGCUAUUCAAGCAGGGACUCACGAUCUUACGAACUGUACCAAUACAUAGAGAAUACAUUUGUCAAACCAUCAGGCAUGGCGUCGUUUUCUAAGAUACAAACGUCUACAGACUUUUACACAUGGUUAAAUAAUACAGCAAUUAUGAAAUCAUUCCCGGAAACAAACAUAGAUAGUGGCAAUACACCGUUGCAUUGGAGGGAACGUCAACACAUUGAAGGGGGGCAUCUGUUUAGAGUCGGACCACCACGACUUAGACAACUCAGAAUAAGAAAAGGGACAUGCCACUACAGUUACAUUGGUACUAUUGAUUGUUAUAAAACUUAUCGGAGUGCCUCCGAAGAUACCGGGUCGUAUUGUUUCAAAUGGAGCAAAGAAAAGUGCAGCCAGAAAGAUGCAUUAUACAAUUAUUCAUCACCCGCUUGGACACAUACUUCGUCUUUUGAUAUUUGGGGUUUGCCAACUGUUGGUCAUUUUGCAACAUACACCGGAGGCGGAUACAUUGCAAAACUCAAUGUGAAUAGACAAGUCAGUCAAAAGAUUAUAACCGAGUUAUAUAGAAACAUCUGGAUAGAUAGGGAAACCAGGGCGGUGUUGUUUGAGUUCACACUGUAUAGUCCAAAUACGAAUAUAUUUACUUACUGUAUAUUUAUGGUUGAGUUUCCGGAAACAGGUGGCGCUGUUCCUACCUAUAGCGUUUUCCCAUUACGAGUAUAUCUUCAUCUGGGACCUUCAGGCGUGUACACAUUGGUUUGUGAAAUAUCCUAUGUAGUAUACCUUUUUCUAUUUUCGUUACAUCUAGUACAUAAACUCUUGAAAGAAAGAAGAACAUUCUUUAAAGACACUUGGCAAAUAUACGAUUUGUUUUCUGCGAUCGGAGGUUACGUCACAAUAGCUAUGGUGAUAGUGCAAAUGGUAUUUGCAAACAAGAGCUUAGAUGUAUUUAGGGUAGAUAAGAAGGAGUUUGUAAAUUUUCAACAUAUCGCAAUAUGGAAUCAAGUAGUCGUCAUGUCAAUUGGCAUUUUGGUGUUCAUGGCCAUUUUACGUCUGUUGAAAAUAUUUGGUUACACGCAAAGAAUAAAGGUUCUGGCAAAUGUGUUUUCGAAGGCUGCAAAAGAUUUGAUUUCAUUCGCUGCAUUUUUUAUAUUUACAUUCAUUUCAUAUGCGGCUUUAGGAUACCUUCUGUUUGGGUCGGACAUCAAAGCAUAUCAAAAUGUUGUCAAGGCAAUGGAAACAUUGUUUAUAAGCAUUCUGGGGAAAAGCCGCUUCUCAGAAGUUGAAGAGUCGGACCCUGUCAUGGCUAAAGUCUACUUCAUGCUUUUUGUGAGCGGGGUUGUAUAUCUGAUGAUGACAAUAUUCUUUGCAAUCCUGUGCGCAGCCAUCGAUGAGGCACAUAAAAUAUGUUCAAAUGAUAGCGGUUCUGAGUUGGUUAACAAUAUACUUAAUAAACUACGUCGAUUUAUUGGACUAGGCAACAACCGUUCAUCGACGGAAGUAACACCUAUAGCAUUAAUUCAAAACCCAAAGGAAGUGAGCUCAAAUAUCAAGACUGAUGAUUAUAAGGAUGCAAGAGAAGUUUUGGUUGACAUACGGUCAUUUAUUUGUGAAGCAAUGAUGUUAAACCAAAGAGAUUUUACGACGCCAUCGGACGAAAAGCACAUGAAGAAAGUUCGAUUUAGGUGUUGAUGUUUUAUUAGAAUGGACAGGUGCCUGAAAUUGAGUAAACCGAUAUGCAUUAAUUGCGACUUUUUCGGGAAUGUAUACGACUUACGUCUUGUCGUGUCAUGGAAUAUAAACAUGGAAUAUAAGAAUUUCAUUGAAUAUACAUGAUAAAAACUCUGAUGACUUUUACUUGAGGACAAUGAAAUACAUGAAACCUUUUUAUUAUUUUAUUAGUACAUCAGCUUUUAUAAAUAUAUUCAUUAGAAAUUCGGUGUUGACACGGUUGAAUUAUUUAUAAUUCAAUUAAUUUAUACGUUUAAAGUUCUUUUUUCAACAAA